ACGUAUGCGUAUAUAUAAAGGGGAGCCAGAGGUUUAAGCACACACUAAAAAAUAGCAGUAGCUUGGCAAAAAAAAUGUGCAUUGCAGUGUUUUUAUGGCAAUCUCAUCCUCUGUAUCCGUUUCUGCUCCUUCUCAACAGGGAUGAGUACCACAACAGGCCGACGAAAGCGAGUGGAUGGUGGGAAGGAGGUGAGAUACUGGGAGGGCAAGAUGAGGUGGGAGGAGGGACAUGGUUGGCUUGUUCUAAACAAGGGAGAGUUGCUUUUCUUACUAAUGUGCUGGAGCUUCAUGCUUCCCCUGAGGCCAAGACCAGAGGAGACCUGCCUGUCCGUUUCCUCGAGAGCAACAAGAGCCCCAAGGCAUUUGCUGAAGAAUUGGUGAAAGAGGCGCACCAGUACAACGGCUUCAAUCUCGUAAUGGCUGAUCUUGUUUGCAAGAGCAUGUUCUACAUCUCCAAUAGGCCUAAAGGGGAACCUGUCUUGAUUCAGGAGGUGAAGCCUGGUGUUCAUGUGCUCUCAAAUGCAAAGUUGGACUCUCCCUGGCCUAAGGCUCAACGUUUGGAGCUCAAAUUCAGGAAGCUGAUUGAGAAUGCAGAAGAUGCUAUCUCGAUGGAGGAACUGGCUGAGAAACUAAUGAGGGACAAGGAAAAAGUUGCUGACAGAAGCAAACUACCUCACAUUCAUUCACUUGAUUGGGAGUACGAUCUUAGCUCCAUCUUCGUGGAAGUAGACACCCCAUUGGGGUGCUAUGGCACUAGAAGUACUGCUGGUAUAAAAGUGAGAGCUAGUGGGGAAGUCAGCUUUCACGAGAUCUACCUGGAAAACAACAAAUGGAAAGCUCAUACCGUUACUUACAACAUUCAUAGGAGCAAUCAGAAGGUUGAGCAACUUUGCAUAUGAAACAUCAAACUUGUGUACUGCACUUGGUGAAGAACUCAAGUUUGCCUGUUGAUAAAGCUAUCGCUUUAUUACUACAACUACUACUGGUCUCUUGUUACCUAGUAUUGAUAAAUGUCCUUUUAGUUGCACCAUUCGAAUUUCGUCCAAACAAAACUUUCGUCACAUGUCUUCAUGUGUAUUUGGAUUAAUAUGUAACCGUCUUUGGUCUUCUUUUUCUUUUCUAAACAAUCUUUCCGUUUAGGUUUUAUUGUGCGUUCUUUCGGUAUAUUCAAAGUUUUCCUUAUUUAA